AUGGCUCCAACCGACGUCAACGCAGUGCUGUCCAAGUUGACCCUUGACGAGAAGAUCUCCCUCCUCGCCGGUUUCGAUUUCUGGGAGACUGUCCCGAUUGCCGAGAAGGGUAUUCCUGCACUCAAGACUAGCGAUGGUCCUAAUGGCGCACGCGGAGCUACCUUCUCAGGCGGCAUCACUGCAGCCUGCUUCCCUGCCGCCUGUAGCGUCGCCUCUACCUUUGACGUCGAUAUCGCUCAUCGCAUCGGUGUUGGUCUGGGAGAAGAGACCCUGACCAAGGGCGCAAGAUGUCUCCUGGGUCCCACCAUGUGCACCCACCGCCAUCCUCUCGGCGGCCGCAACUUCGAGAGCUUCUCAGAGGAUCCCUAUCUGGCCGGAAAGCUCGCCUCUCAGAACGUCCAGGGUGUUCAAUCAACGGGUGUCUCUGCUACCAUCAAGCACUUUGCGGUUAACGAGCAGGAGACCCAACGUCUAUAUGUUGACGAGAUUGUCAGCGAGCGUGCUCUCCGUGAGAUUUACAUGAAGCCUUUUGAAAUUUCCGUCAAGGAAGCCAACCCCGGUGCCGUUAUGACUGCUUACAACAAGGUCAAUGGCUACCAUGCUGAUGAGCAUCCCUUUCUCUUGAAGCAAGUCCUGCGGGGUGAAUGGGGCUGGGACGGUCUUAUCAUGAGCGACUGGGGCGGCACCAACUCUACUGCUGAAUCCCUUAACGCUGGCUUGGAUCUGGAAAUGCCUGGUCCCACCCGUUGGAGAAAGACUGAGCAAGUUCUUGAGGCCAUCAAGGCUGGCAAGCUCUCCGAAGAGACCAUCAGCAACAGGGCUCUCCAUAUCCUCAAGUUCCUGGAGCGUCAGAACUGCUUCAACAACCCUGCCAUUCCCGAGGAGAAGGCUAUCAACAAGCCCGAGCACCAGGCUCUCAUCCGCGAGGCAGGUGCCAAGGGUAUGGUCCUCCUCAAGAACGAGGCUGGCUUGCUACCUCUCACCAAGGAGAAGGCCCGUGGCAAGAGGAUUGCCGUCCUCGGCCUUGCCAAGCAGGCCCUCGCCCACGGCGGCGGCAGUGCGUCUGUCAACACCCACUACAAGAUUACUCCUUGGGACGGUCUCCACGAAGCCUUCAAGGGUGAGAAUGUCGAGUUUACCUAUGCCAAGGGUGCCCAUACUUUCCGCCAAAUGCCCCUCAUCUCGGACCAUGUUGUCGGUGCUGAUGGGAAGCCUGGAUUCACUUGGCGAACUUAUGACAUUGGCAGCUCUGAGCCUACCAGUGUCACACAUGGCCACCCCAACUCCGAGGUGUCUCUGCUUAACGGCAUGGAAGUUGUCAAUAAAUCGAGCUCGCUUGAAGGCACCUUCACCUCUCCCGAGUCUGCCACUUAUUACUUCACUUUGACCGGUCUUGGUCCCUCUAAGGUUACCAUCAACGGCGAGACGCUGUACGAACAGAAGGAUAACAGCUCUGACCCUAUGGGCUUCUUGCUUGGUGGAGUCGCCGCUCCCAUUGUCAAGCUGAACCUCGAAGCCGGCAAGGAGUACAAGAUCUACAUCACCAGUGCCCCGCCCGCUCCCCAGGACGGCCAAGACCUCGGUAUUCUCGAGGGCAAGACUGGUGUCCGCUUCGACCACAUGUCGGCUGCUGAGCAUGACAAGGAUAUCCUGACGGAAGCCGUCGAGCUCGCCAAGGCUGCCGACUACGCCAUUGUCUUUACUGGCCACGAGACCUUCUGGGAGACCGAGGGCCAGGACCAGCAGAGCUUCAACCUUCCCAAGGAUGGCAGCCAAGACCGCCUCGUUGCGGGCGUUGCCGCCGCCAACUCCAACACCAUCGUCGUCAACUCGACCGGUGUGGCUGUAGCUAUGCCCUGGCUCGACCAGAUCAAGUCGCUGGUUCAAGCCUGGUUCCCUGGUCAGGAAGCCGGCAACUCCAUCGCCGAUAUUCUGACUGGCGCCCAGACCCCGGAAGGCCAUUUGACGGCCACUUUCCCCAAGCGGAUUGAGGACUGCCCUGCCUAUGGCAACUUCCCUGGAGAGUACACUGGUCGGCAGCUGACUGUCAAGUACGCUGAGGGCGUCUUCGUUGGUUACAGACAUUUCGACCGCCUAUCCGCCGACAAGGUCAACUUCCCAUUCGGCUUCGGCUUGUCAUACACAACCUUCGACUACUCCGGCCUUGCCGUCAAGGAAACCGCCGCCGACCAGUGGACCGUCAGCGUCAACGUCGCCAACACAGGCUCCGUGAAGGGAGCCAUCGCCGUGCAAGUCUACGUCGGCAAUGCCAAGACGUCACCAGAGAACCCGAUCAAGGUGCUCGCUAGCUUCAAGAAGGUGACCCUCGAGCCGGGUACCAACGCAACUGUCGAGCUGCCUGUCCAGGGCCGGGAUAUUUCAUUCUGGAGCGAGGAGAAGCAGCAGUGGGUGCUUGAGAGUGGCGAAUAUAACUUCAGCGUUGCAAAGAACGCAGCUGAUUUGGUAGGCACCACGACGGUUAAGGUUGCUGGCCAAACGUAUGCUCCUUGA